UUUGGCCAAUUCUCCUGUACAAAUGCCCAAUAUGAUGGUAUAAUACCAUUUACUAGUGCCUCACCAAAUGCCAACGCUAGUCCUAUAGCUAUAAAUAGUGUUUCCUCAACAAAUUCAACAAAUCUUAAUAUGGAUCCAAACAGUAUGGUUAAUACACCAAACAUGCUCUCGGAUAUCGAUGAAUAUAAUUCAAUAACUAUUAUGCCUGAAUCUACACCGGCACAAGUUACUCACUGGUUAACCUAUCAUCGUUUAACUUCAUACUUAUCAACAUUUGCCCAUUUUUCGGGAGCCGAUAUUAUGAGAAUGUCUAAAGAAGAUUUAAUUCAAAUCUGUGGUCUUGCCGAUGGCAUACGCAUGUUUAAUAUUUUAAGAGCCAAAGCCAUAACCCCACGUUUAACUUUCUACGUUAGUUUAGAUGGGAAUAAUUUUAAUGCCGUUUAUCUUAUAUCUAAUACAUCUAAAGAACUAUCACAAAAACUUUUUAAACUUCCAGGAUUUUAUGAAAUUGUAGCCAAAAGUUCAGCACAUAAUGGCGGUGCUGUGCCCGCUACUGGCGGUUGUAACAACACCCUAAUGGACAAUUCAACACCAUUUCAUUCUUGGGGCAUGCAUUCGAAAUAUUCGGGCAGUGGUUCGAAUAUCUUCAAUGAUGUCAAUAAUAAAAGUUUAAUUUAUGUUACCGGUCCCGCUGGUAUACAUGUGGCCGUUACCGAUGAAGUUUUGAAUAAUGAAAUACGUGAUGGUAGUUUAUAUGGUCUAGAAGUACAAAAUGGAAAAGUUAUUAUGAAAUUAAUCAAUAAAAAUGAAAAUUAGUUAGUUGUAAAUAAUUGUACGUGCAAGAAAAAUGCAUUUAUGUUUUAGAAUUUCUUUUUUACGAAAUGACUGUUAUAAAAAAUCGUACACUGCAUUUCGAUAUUAUAUAAUGAAAUUACUUUGCAAACAUUUAUUUCAUAAGAAAAAAAGACAAAUUAUUUAUUUUAUUGAAAGAAUUUCUGUUAAUUAUUAAUUAUUAUUCUUUUCUUUUUAAAACUUUUUUGAAAAAUUAUUGCAAGUAGUUCUUUAGAUGUAAAAAAUUUCCCAUUAAUGUAAAUAAAAUUUUUCUUUCUUUUUUUAAUUUUAGGUUUUGUUUAAAGAAUUAAUUACAAAUGUUAUAAUUUAAAACUUUAGUUUA